AUGGUGGUCCAGGAGAACAGCCACAACCUGAUGUUGUACUAUUACCUCACCAAACAACUAGAAAUUGAUGAUUUCGCGUAUUGUGCAACUCUUUUCAAAGCUUUGACUUACGGAGAUGCAGGACGCACAUUAACAAAGGAAGAGUGGGAUGCGUUGCAAGCUUCUUAUGUCUUCCCAAAUAGUACGAUUUUGUUGCAUGGGAUUGUUUUUGUAGUAUUCGUACUGUUACUGCUUUAUCCUCCGGAUGCUUUUGUAGGUGCUGGAGUAACAUUCGACAAUCUAGCUUAUGGUUAUCUGGGUACAUCCGAAUCGAAUAUUCUGGAUUUCCAAUGCCGACGAUUUGUUUUGACUCGGUCAUUCAUAGGAUGUUUGCCAUUUUUGCUCGUAUUAAGCCUGUUCCUUGUACAGGAGCAUGCGGUGGUCUUCACUAUUCAUCCUUCUAGGAUUAUCCAUUAUGUGGCCUUGAUAUCACCAUUGUUGGCUCUUGGAGCACUUUUGUACUUCGUUUAUCAUACAGUAACGGGUUUCUCCUCAAUUUUCCCUAUGAAAAAAUUGAAAAAUUACGGAUAUGAUCCUCGCCAGGUGUUCACCAUCUUAUCCAACGAGUUUAGUCGAUUGGAUGCAUUUCGGCAUACUAUUUCCAAUGUUAGUAAACUGGUAAUUACCGACUCAUGGCUGUUUCAUUGUUCAAGAUUUAACUUUGUGGUCGUUAAAUUAGCUGAUGUUCAGUUCCGAGUCAUUAAUGCCGAAGACACUAUGAAUGGCCUCCAUCAAGCAUUAGGCAUGAACCAAUAUUUAACAAUCGCUGUUUCAUUGCCGGCGGAUAUAAGCGCCCUGAAUUUCGUGUUCAAGAUUGACAAUGUUUCUAUGCGGGAUUUGGAAUCGAAACUUGGUCCUAAUCGCGUCGAAUUCUCUAAUGAAGUUCGGUUAAAGAUGUCAUUAACGGAUAAAUUUAUCGAGGCUUUUUUGGAUCAAGCUAAAAAGAAUCCACGAUUCCAGAAUUACGUAAGAGAGGAACUUGAUCCAUGUCUGGGAUGCUCGGAAAAAUUAUCAAAUGUAAAAUUGUCACGAAAAUGUGAAGGAUUCGGUCCGGGAGCUGAUGAUAAUGAGCCAAGAUCCGUUUGCAUGCCGUGUCAAUGUCGGCCAAUGUGGUGCGUUUCAUGUAUGGCUCGGAUUUUCCUCGCUAAACAAGAUCAGUCCGUCCCCUCAAGGUGGCUGGAAGGGACUUGUCCUUGUCCUACGUGCAGAGCCACUUUUUGUGUCAUGGAUGUUGCGCUGUUGUCACAUUUCGAUGAAGAGAAUAGCAGUGAGCUGAAUCGUAGAAUAGGAGAGGACAUAAAUUAG